CCCUCCAUCUGGAUCACUCCAUCUGUGGUCCGGAGCUCAGUGGCGGCGUAUCUCUCUGUCAUAAGGGGCAGCUUCAUUCUCUCCUGCAGGAUGUCGGGCCCUCGCACCAGCUCCAUACUGCUCCUCUUCUGCGUGGCUUUCCUCCAGAAUCCGCUCCUGGAGGCCAAGCCUCUCUCUGCCAUGCAUGGGGGCGGAGCUGCACGCCUUCGUCGUGACCUGCGUGAUGCACUGCCUUACGAGGCUCAGAUGAUGUCAUACCCUCCUGCUGGCUUCAAUGGACGGGGCAACGAUCUGUACUACCAGCCAGAGGCCUUGAGAGCACAGGGGCUGGGCCACGCCCUGCAUCGCCUGGAGAACGACCAGAGGCAGGAGCAGGAGGCAGCCUACCUAGCAGGUUUACUGCGCCUCCUGAGUGAGGCAGAGAGUAAAGGCCAAGCAAGACCAGAGGAAGAGGAAGAGCAGGUGGAAGGUGAUUUCCAGGAAUCAUACCCUCCAGAUUAUGACGAGACAGAGCAGACGGUGAACAUGGCCAAACCCCAGGCACUGCUGGACCCACAGCUCACCGAGGCGCUGCUCAACCACUACAGGCAGGAGAGGAUGCUUCAGGCAGGGAAGGACCGAGACCAGGAGAUGCUCCGGUACCUGGUGGAGAAGGUCCUCUCGAGUCUGGCAUCUGAGAACCAGCUGAACCCAUCCAACCGCCGAGGCAAAUGGGAAGUGGCAGCAGCAGCCAGCAUUGGACGUGACAGAGCUACGCCUCUGAGACGAGCUAGGCGCUCUCUAGACUCCGCCCCUGUUGCCUCCCCUGAUGCCGAGGCCUCGCUACUGCGGGUGAAGCGAGUGGGUGAUGAAGACCAUGAUGAUUUUGCUAGUCAGAACAACCGGUCACCCCAUGCUGGCCUGCAGAGGAUGAAGCGCAUCGACACAGAUCUGCCUCCACCUGCGAAGCACAGCCGCAAACGCCGCUCGGUGACCUACGACCCUGAGCUCAUCGCUCAGCACAUCAUCCAGUACCUGAGAAAGUGAGAGAGAGAAAAAGAGGAAGACAGAAAGAUUGCAACAGUUCACAUGCUGACAGAUAUAUGCGAGAACUCACUGUUAACUGCUUCUGUCUGGCGAACCAAUGUAUCUGCUUCAGUGCUAUAAUAAAAUGGUAAACACAUUCAAUUAUUUGUUCCACAUGCUAAUGCAUAUGAGCAAAUGUAAUUUUUAUUUAUGGGUUUGCAGUAGAUGCAGUGAUGCACUGCAGUUGGCAACCUGUCAGUCCUGGUAGUUCAGAUAUUGGUAUUGACAUCAGUUGAGUUCCACUUGAGUCUCAAGACCAAAUUAUCCUUUUCUUAAAUUGAGUUUUCUUAAUCUGAAUCACUGACAGUGAGCGGUAAAUCAUGACCUUAUACGUUUAAAACUUUCUAUAGUCAAAAAUGUAAAAUCUUUCUCCCCAAAGGAGUAGCUGUUUUCUCGACAUACUGGCCAUCAUCAACACAGUGGACACAAUAUCAGAAUAGCACCUUAUGAAUUUACCUAUUUUAUCCUUAAAAGAGACUGGACUUUCCAAGGUCACCAGCCCUUUUACUGGGAUUAAAUAAUGCUACACUUCUAGCAUUACAGGAACUAUUUUAAAGAAAACCUUUAAAGAUAUGACAUCAUGAAAAUAGGUUAUCCUAGGUUAUCCUAAAGUGCCACAACCCCAAGCCUUUACUAAUAGCAAAUGAGUAAAUGGGCCAUUAAUGGUCCAUACUUACCACUUUAUCUAGCCCACAUAAUCCUUGAGGAAUGACAGUUAAAUAUAUCCCAAUUUAGCUGCCAGAACACAGCCUUAACAGCCUUGCUGAACUAGCAUGUUCAAUGCAAAAUUGAAAAUUUAAAUCGUUUUUUGUAUUUGUGCCAUUCCCAACUGUUUUUGGAUUGUUUUUGGUUACUUACUAUUGAAAAAAAUAUUUGCCUUUGCCAUCACUGGCCUUUAUAUUCUUAAACCCAACCAUAUUUGGCUUGGUUUAUGGCAAAGUGAAACCCCCAAAUUAGCUCUAGAAGUAAGGUAAAUUCCGAUCAACCCUCUAGCACACAGGUUUCGAUUCCUGGUCCUAGUAUACACGCCCAUUAUCCUGCAGAUUUCAGUGAUUUCCCUUGUCUCAACACAUCUGAUUCAAUUAAUCAGCUACUUAACAGCCCUUCCUGAGUUAAAGUUGUGUCUUAGAGCUGGGAGAACAAUAAAAUGUAUGGGCCAGGGGGUUCCCCAGGAUCAGGGUUGUGAACCUGUCUCCUAGUAUAUACUAUUUGUAUGUAUAUGGUGGUGGUUUGAUUUCUUUUCUGUCUUUUUCAUAGCAUGUUUCAACAUAUAAAGCACUAAAAUGUAGAAUUUUUCUGUCCCCUAAGCCCAUAGCCUUCUAUCAAGCUUGUAUGAGGCAGCAGUGGAUCAGUGGUUAAGGCAUUGGGCGACUGAUUGAAAGGUUAUGAGCUUAAAUCUCAGCAUCACUAAGCUGGCACUGUUGGGCCCUUGAACAAGUUGCUUAACCCUUCAUCUGCUCAGUUGUAUCUUGUCUCACUUGUAAGUCACAUUGGAUUAAAGCAACAACAAAAUGAGUUUAAUGUAAAUCAAGCUCUUGGUCAUGAAAGUGUAUGGAUUUGCAGCUAGCACAUAUAUAAAUGGUAGCAAAUGGUACUGCUGCAGUGUUCUUGCGUCGAGACACUUGUUUUUGUCCAAGACCUUUGCAGAAUAUGGUGUCACAGUUAGUUUGAGAGUUUAAUACAAAUGUCAAGAAUGUCUAUCAGAAAACUGAUAAGGAACAUUCCAGUUGGAAUCAUCUAUGUAACCAACAAAUUAGCUUUGGAAAUAGUUUCCCAGAUCAAAAAAAGACAGGCUUUACUGCCACAGAUACAAGUCAACCUACAUUUUUUCUUAUGCUAGCAUGUUAGAUAUUGUGGGGUCUGAGUGGAGGGUCAGCCAUGAUGAAGCACCUCUGGAGCAGAGAGGGUUACAGGCCUUGCUCAAGGGCCCAACAGUGGCAGCUUAAUGGUACCAGGGAUUGAACUCACAACCUGUUGAUCAGCAUCCCAGAGCAUGAACCACUGCGCCACCACUUCCCCAGCAUGACGUAAUACAAGGGGCAGGAUAUAUAUGUAUUCGACCUUUAUGGCUGUGAUGACUUGGCUGUCUUUCAAGAGCAACUGGUCUGCUGUACACUUUAAUGUUUUCCCAUGGGUUAACAAAUAUUAUGACCUGUGAUGUGAACUUUAUCCAAUUUGCCCCAUCUGCACCAAAGAUAACAUCACCCAGUGGAUUAUCAGCCUUAGAUAUUGAGAGCUAGAUUAAAUGGAAGACUGAGUGUAGGUUUCUUUUAAACAUAUUGUUGGACCAAAAAUCCAAACAGGACUAAGAGCCACCAAUUACUACAAUGCUAACUGGUGUUAUCCAUUUAUCAUUGAGAUAGUUGAUAUUUUAAGAGGAACUGUUCAUAAAGCAAACACUAGGACAGACACCGUCUUCACUGAAAACUCUUUAUUGAGCAAACUAUGAGAUAUUUGAAUAUAGUAGUAGUAGAAGAUCGUGAUUCAAUAAUGACCACAAAACACUAGAGUUCACAUAUGAAAACGUCUUGGCUCUUGCUUUUUACGCAGCUUUAUACAGCCAGACUGAGCCUAAGCACAAGGGUUGCUGAGAAUAUUGUCUAUUACAUUAUUAUUUAAAUAUAUCAAAUUUCACUCAACUCAAUUUAUCAGUCAAUGAGCCAUGAAAUAGCAGACCUAUUGUGGUACGACCUCAGACGUUGGCAUUGAAGCACACAGCAAAAUUCCCAGCACUGUGUUAAUUCUUUAGGUCCGGCUGGACAUAUAAUAAAAUUAGGCGUUAACUGAGCACUGUGUUGUUCUGCUCUCUUUCUGAUCUCGUGUUUGGACAGCGUUUGACCUGCAUGUAUUACUGAAACCUACUCUGACCAUCCUCGCUGUGGACGAGUCAGUCACUGUUGUUCUGCUUCCUCUUGCUUCGCCACUGGCUUUAGUACAUUAACGUGCCAACAAAACGAUGACGCUGGCUGUGUUUUACACAUAACCUCCCCUUUGGAGCUCCCUCUCUGAUUACUCUAUAUGAGAAUAUGUGCAAGAAACUGUGUUUUAAAUCUUAAUUAUAUGCUUUUUGUUUCCCUAUCUGUGUGGUUAUGAAAACUUAAUCUUAUAACUCUUAUGCAUCUGUGACUAGCAGGUGGGAUUGUAAAAUGAAAUGAGAAAAAAACGAGUUAUAAUAAAAAUUGGAUGUCGAUGUCAAAAUCA